AAAAAUUUCGAGUUAGCAAAUCUCAUAUAGGAUCACGUUCUGGUAGUCUAGUUCUUUGUGUUCUUUUUCUGUUUUAUAUUUGAAUAAUAAGAUAUUUGUUAAAGAAUCAACAAUUAAAGAUGUGCAUGCUUGAUAAAGAGGCUGACAAAAUUCGGGACUAUUCCAAUUGUUCCGUGGGACGGAACAAACGGGAUUCUAAACUGUUUCGAAGGACUCUAUAUGUGCGACAUCAACCAGCUAUUGACUAUUAUAUAAUAAAGUUCGACAAUAUAUCUGAAUUAUAAAAUACACAUUCAUACUCCUGCAAACGUGAAGAAGGAAACAACCACACUCACAUCCAUACUCACCCACACCCACACAUCCAGAAGACUUCAUGAGACUUCAAAAGACUUUAAGAGACUUCAUGGACCUUCAAAGCCGAAAUCUCAGCUGUCGAUCCCUCGUACUGUUAUUCAACAACUUGAUCUAACACAGAUUUUAUCUGAAACUGAUGCACCUUACUUUGUAUCUGAAGAAGUUAUUAUUUAUUGAAAAAUAAAUUCAUUUAAAUUUUAUGUAAAUUUUUUAUUUUAGCUUUCCAGUCUUUCACAUUGUGCUCAUCCAAGUAUAGUUUAUAGUGUUGUUGAAACUACAGCACAAAUUCGACAAUUAUCUAUCAAUGAUGUUGCUUCACAAUUAAAAGAAAAUGUUUAUCAUAUUUAUGGUGUUUAA